AUGAAGUUAGAGCAGAAACUAACAUCAGCUGUUGAUCAUCUUGUUCAGGAAUUCAGCUUGCUCGGGAAAGCUUUCCUUGGCCCCAAAAAGAUUGUGGGUGUUUUCUACAAAGCAAAUGAAUAUGCUGAAAUGAACCACAACUUUUUGGGCUGUGCAGAAAAUGCCUUGGGGAUACGUGAAUGGUUAGAAUCUAAAGGUCAUCAGUACAUAGUCACUCCUGAAAAAGAAGGACCAGAUUGUGCAGGAACAUUUAUUCCUGAUCUCCAUGUGUUGAUUUCGGCCCCUUUUCAUCCUGCCUAUGUCAUGACUGAAAGGAUGAAGAAGGCAAAAAAUCUACAACUUCUGCUGACAGGUGGAAUUGGAUCAGAUCAUGUCGAUCUGAAAGCGGCUACUUCUACUGGAUUGACGGUAGCAGAGGUCACUGGAAGCAAUACUGUCUCAGUUGCGGAUUAA